CUGGUCCUGUUCUGGUCGCUUUCCUCAGCAAUGCAUAUAUAUCUUAUCAUUUGGCUGGACUGUUAGUUACGAACGUAAAGGGCCUUGCACGCAAAUUACGCGGAUUGCCGUUCAUAGAAGCAUAGGUACCAAAACUUGAUCGUGGCACGGUUUUCAAUCCUUUUACACCUUACACACUUUAGAGUUUGUGUUAGGUAGAGGUUUCUUAAAAGCCUUGCGAGACCUCAAACCUUAUCCCCUGAAAAAUGCGCCCAUACCUACUCAAGGGCCACGAGCGCCCCCUGACGCAAGUCAAGUACAACCGCGAGGGCGAUCUGCUGGUUAGCUGCGCCAAGGACCAUCAACCCUGCCUCUGGUCUUCGGAGGACGGCCGCCGCAUCGGAACUUACGAGGGUCAUAAUGGCGCAAUCUGGACCUGUGACAUUACAUGGGAGUCGGACCGCCUAAUUACGGGUUCAGGGGACCAAACUAUUCGCAUCUGGGACCUGCCGACGGGGAAAGAACUGUUCCAGAUUCGGCACGGGGAGCCCUGCCGAGCGGUGAAGCUGUCUGCGGGGGAGCGGUUCCUCGCGGCAACUACCGACGCGUUCAUCGAAUCGCCACCCGGCAUUCACAUCUAUAACUUUGCGGAGAAUGUGGAGGACCAGAGGUCGACCCCAGUCAAUGCGUGGACGGUGCCGAAGGGCCGCAUUACCCGCAUCUUCUGGACGGACUGCAACCGGAAGGUUAUCACCUCGCACGACUACGGCAUUCUACGCCGAUGGGAUGUCGAGACCGGCCAGAUGUUGCAGGAGGUUCAGGUGCACGAGGACGCAAUCCAGGACAUGCAGAUGUCGCCAGAUGAGACGCAUGUGAUCACUGCGUCGCUGGAUAAGACGGCUCGGUUGAUUGACAUUGAGACUUUCACUGUCUUAAAAGUUUACAAGACGGGUCGGUUUGUGCAAUCAGCUGCUAUUUCUCCGCUUUUCGACCAUGUCCUUAUGGGUGGUGGGCAGGACGCAUCGCAGGUGACGACGACGGCCGCGGGGGCGGGUGGCUUCGAGGCCAGGUUCUUCCAUAAGGUGUUCCAAGAGGAAUUUGGUCGCGUCAGGGGGCAUUUUGGUCCUGUAAACACCGUAGCAUUCCAUCCGUCUGGCCGGAGCUUCACAACCGGUGGUGAGGAUGGGUACGUACGUCUCCACCACAUGGAUCUGGACUACUUCACGACGAAAUUUUUCUGAGCUAUUUGGGGCUAUCUGGAGUUAGGGUAUCGGCAAUCACAAGUUUUUUGGGAGUUCUGGGUUCUACGCAGCGUCUACAGCGAACAAUGUCGUGGACAAAGACGGGAUUAUGAAAGCAUUGGGCUUUUGCCAACGCUUUUGUGUCGGCGGGACGUUCAAUUUCAUGGCGCUGUGUGUUUCGGGGUGUAUUGAUUGUAAGUGAUUGCGGAGGUUUAUCGGUGUGUUGCUGAGGUAGGGAAUAAAGAAAAUGACGGCUAGGUAUAUGGAAUGUGGAAAUAGAUAGAAUAGGAAUACACCUCAUGCAGGUGGAAAUGUGUGCGCGCAGGAUUUAUUAUCUUUAAAGCAAGUGGAAGAAAAUUGUCUUCAAUAUGAUUAUCCACAUCAUAUGGACAUGACACACGAGUCGAUAUUACUGUCAUGAAACAGUACUCUACCGAUGUCUUUAAGUUCGUUUUCCAACUCAAAAUACUUGUCAAGUCACCCACUCAUCCACGCUAGUCUCGGACUAAAACGUUUCGGGCAGAAGCGCAGAGCAGAAGUCUCUACACACUCAGUACACUAACAAAUAAUCGGGAAGUUGUAGAUUCGCCCAUGGCAUAACACCGGCUGAAUGUCACGCACGUUCUCGGUUAAGCCUGCACUAUGUUCCAUUGCAUCGUUCGACAGGAAUGCAUGCCUUCAGAAUGUUUGGCAUUCACAGGUGCGAGUACCUGUGCAACGGAAUCCGCAACUGCCAGCGCCGUUGCAGACCUUGGCCCCUCUUGCGAAAGGAAUAGGUAUCUAUGCGCGCCAAUGCUGCGAGCCGCAGAAACACUCGCGAUACCAGUCAUCCUGCCCACAAGUCCUAUAACGCAACUGACGACCGCUCUUCAGAUGAAAGGUAUAACCGAAUACGGAAUCAUAGCCUAAAACCAUGCCCAUGAGCGCCGUACUGCACAAGCCGUUCCCCUCAACUGCGCAUGGCCAUAACCACGAGCACCAGCAUUAUAAUCGUCAAGAAGGCGCCUAGAAUUGCGAGCUGCAAGUUGGAGUUCUUCUUCAAAGCUUUCCAGUAGCGUAGAGGGUCGCUGCUGGGCGGCUUGGCUUUUGCAGCCACGGUGACUUGCGACUUGGCAAUUACCUUCGCAGCCGGGUUGUAGCUAGCCUUCGCCUCCGCCGCGGCCUUUGCCGCCGCCUCCGCGGCCUUCCGCUUCGCCUCCGCCUCUGCACGUACCGCUGCAAGCUGCUUCGCUCGCUCCGCCUCCUGCGCUGCUGCCUCCGCCUUGCGCGUCUCCUCUUCAACCUUCCGCUUAGCCUCUGCUUCCUUCCGCUUCUUCUCCUUCGCCUCUGCCAGCUUCUUCUUGCGGGCCUCUGCCUCCUGUGCCUUGCGAAUCUG